AUGUUCGGUGAGUUUACGCUCUCCUCCGGAAAGAAAUCGGAUUAUUACUUCGACUCAAAGAAGCUGACUAUGGAACCCGCUGGUGCCCGGUUUGUCGCACGGCAUCUCGUCGAUUAUCUUGACGCCGAAGGGAUUGGAUAUGUCGGCGGGGUAGCGUACGGGGCGAUUCCGAUCGUUUCCCAAGUGGUCAUGUUAAGCGGGAUGCGAGAGGACAAACCGAUCCGGGCGUUUUAUCACCGGAAAGAAUCCAAGGAACACGGCACCGCAGCGACUGCGGAAGGGCAGUUUCCGCCGAAGGGCGAACCAGUUGCCAUAGUCGAGGAUGUGGUAACUACUGGUGGUUCCCUACUUGCAUCCAUUCAGGAUGCAGAAGAGAAAGGAUAUAACGUAACCCAUGCCCUGACUCUCGUUGACGCGGAUGAGGGACAGGCCGUGUGGCGUUGA